AUGCCUGCCCCAUUUGCGCGUCUGGCCGGCCACACGGCGAAGCGGGUGUGCUUGAACGCCACCCGCCCACAGCUCCGAACAGCCCUCCCUUCACGACCCAUUGCGCGAUGCCUGUCGACCUCAUUGCCUCGCCGAUAUGCACAAAUCGAAGAAAACCAGCGGACACGCAUGGUGCCGACGGACGAGAACUUUGGACGGCCCAUCGACCCCCAGGACCCCGAGAAUUUGAGCAUGGCGCAGGACGAGUCGGACAGCGCGGAAAACAGGAAAAUCAGGCAUUAUACCGUCAACUUCGGCCCCCAGCAUCCCGCCGCCCACGGUGUGUUGCGAUUGAUUCUGGAACUCAACGGCGAGGAGAUUGUGCGCGCUGAUCCCCACGUGGGGUUGCUGCAUCGAGGCACUGAGAAGCUCAUUGAGUACCGAACAUACCUCCAGGCCCUGCCAUACUUCGACCGACUCGACUACGUCUCCAUGAUGACCAACGAGCAGUGCUUCUCGCUGGCCGUUGAGAAGCUGCUCAACAUCGAGAUCCCAGAGCGCGCCAAGUACAUCAGGACCAUGUUCGGCGAGAUCACCAGAAUUCUGAACCAUCUCAUGUCCGUCUUGUCUCACGCCAUGGACGUCGGUGCUCUGACACCCUUCUUGUGGGGCUUUGAAGAGCGUGAGAAGCUGAUGGAAUUCUACGAGCGUGUCUCCGGUGCCCGUCUCCACGCUGCCUACGUUCGCCCCGGUGGCGUGUCUCAGGAUCUGCCCAUUGGACUGCUCGACGACAUCUACCAGUGGGCUACCCAGUUCGGCGACCGCAUUGACGAGACCGAGGAGAUGUUGACAGACAACCGUAUCUGGAUCGGCCGGACCAAGGGUGUUGGUGUCGUCUCUGCAGCCGAUGCUAUCAACUAUUCCUUCUCCGGUGUCAUGCUCCGAGGAUCUGGUGUACCAUGGGACGUGCGAAAGUCGCAGCCCUACGACGCAUACGACAAGGUAGAGUUUGACGUCCCCGUCGGUGUCAAUGGCGACUGUUACGACCGUUACCUCUGCCGUAUGGAGGAGUUCCGCCAAUCGCUCCGCAUCAUCCACCAGUGCUUGAACCAGAUGCCAGCUGGUCCAGUCAAGGUUGAGGACUACAAGAUUGCUCCUCCACCACGUGCCGCCAUGAAGGAGAACAUGGAGGCUCUUAUCCACCACUUCUUGCUCUUCAGCAAGGGCUACACUGUCCCGCCCGGUGAGACCUACAGCGCCAUCGAGGCGCCCAAGGGAGAGAUGGGUGUCUUCGUUGUCUCAGACGGUAGCGAGAGGCCUUACAGGUGCAAGAUUAGGGCUCCUGGAUUCGCACACUUGGCCUGCAUGGACCAGAUCUCAAGAGGCCACUUGCUCGCUGAUGCCGUCGCUAUCAUUGGUACAAUGGAUCUAGUGUUCGGUGAAGUUGACCGGUAA